AUCCCUCUUGCGCCUGUACUGCUGCAUUUACGGUAGCUUAAUUUGCAAUGGGAGGGAUCACAGUGCCCCAUACCGCUUUCAUUGUCGCCACAGCUCCUUUCACACACAAGGGUAUUAGUGCCGCUCAGCAGCCUGAACCUACAGACGCCGCUGCCUUGCCCCCCUCCCCUCCGUUUGUACCUCUUUGCAGACAAAAAGCUGGAAUAACCACCCCACCCCAACAGUUCUGAGCAGACUACCCACUUGUCAGUUCCAUUGAUCAGCGAAGACAGCUCUUUAACUAAGAUACAACAGGUGACCCAACCCUUCCCCAGUUUCCCAGCAGGCAGGCAUGGCAGACGGUCGGCAGCCAGACGAACACUGGGCCUCAAAUGGCCAGGAGAAUGGCGAGAAUGGUUACUCCGCUUACAGCUCUGCCUACAGGGAGAAUGGAUACCACGGUGGGGCAGCUGCGCAUCCUGGAACGACAGUGGAUGACUCAGCCAAUUUGCCUCCCUCCCCUCCCCCCUCUCCAUCCGCUGAGCAGAUUGGGCCCGUGGCACAAGCCCAGCCAGAAGAAAGUAUCAGUAAGGCAUGUUGUGAGUCUGCUAUGAAGGAAGAUGAGCCUCACAUGUCAUCGCUACAUGAGAAACAGGUGGCUGCUGAAAGAGCAAAACCUGAAGGAGAAGAACUUGCCUUGAAUGAACCUUCCCUUCCCUCUGUGAAAGACAAAGAUCUUUCUGACACUUCCUCAACUAAGCAGGAUAAUCAAAACAGACCGGAUGCACUAGAAGAGGCUGCUGAGAACCAAAUGCUUUUGGAGUCUGAAGCAAAAGAAGCUUUACUAACAGAGGACUUAUCAAAUCCUAAGGCAGAGGACAAAGUGGGAAUUGUGUUACCGAGUGAAUCAGGAGCCCCUAUGGGUGAGGGCAAAGAAAAAACAGGGGCAGUCGAGGCGAUAAAUAAGGACGCUAAGGGCAGUGAUGCCAGGUUGCAUGAGACACCAGUGACUAACAUUCAAAAUGCCGACCAGAGGCAAGAAACAGUGAAGUCAAGUCCUGAACCUGGCACACAGUUGAAAACCACGUCAGAUAUUUUUGUAGAAAACAAAUCACAAUCAAAAACCUACUUUGAGACAUUCUCCAAAAUCCAAGAAGAGGAGUCGCCACAAACCCAGAGCUAUUAUGAACUCAGCACAGCAGUAGAGGCAAAAUUAAGUGGAGAAAAUGAAAGCAUUGCAGAAAAGCUCGAGGAGCCACAAGAGGAAAAAGUUAUAACAUCUGGUAAGAUGUCUUCAGAACAACGAAGCCUCUCUUUGAAUGUUACUGUUGGGUCUUCAAUGGCACAGACACCAAAGGGAGAGAAGUCAAGCACCUCAGCAAGCUUGUUUGCAAUCAGUGGAAGCUUUGAUGAAUCAGAGGUUUAUCCUUCAGCUUCAUCUGCGGAAAGCCUUACACCUCAAUUUCCUCCCACUGUCUCUGUUACCCCAACUACCACUGCACAAGCUGAAGAUAUCCCCACCAAGGCAGAAGCACCUUUACCUUCUGAAAAGCACACAUCUAGCUUUGAACAAUCAGGAAGCCUCUCUGAGAUGUUGGACCUGGCUGGAGCGCUGCCUCGUCUGUCACUCGAGAAGAGGGAGAUCGACAUGAGACGGAAGUCAGUGCCUGCCAAUGUAUCGGCUCUAGUGGGGAGUUCUUUGGCAAAGCUUGCAUUGGCAGAUCAAACUUCAAGAGUGGUGACAAGAGAGAGCCAGCUGGAGGAACUUGGCUAUUGUGUCUUUAGUGAGUACUCAGGGCCUAUGCCUUCUCCUGCUGACGUUCCCAGUCCUGGAGACUCUCCACACCAGCAUUUCCCUUCUAUGGAGGGUGAAGUAGAGGAAGAUGUUGGGGCCACAGAAGUUGAAGGUGUUCACAAAGAAGUGCAGCAACAAGGUCUUAGAGGAAUUACCCCUGAGAUCUCUCCAAAGACAAUAAUGGAAAAGAAAGAUGCACCGGUCAAGACUAGUUUGAUUCUUGAAAAAGCUGUGACAAGUGGCAUAAAACCGGAUCGCCUUAGACUCCCAAUGACUGGUACAAAAGACAGACUGAGUGAGUUUCGUUUAGAGACAGGCCUGCCUGGGGACCUAAAAAUCCAAGCAAUCCCAGAGGUAGACAUUGAAAAAGACCCCUCAAGAGAGGCUUCUCCCAUCCCACCAGACAAUUCCUUUACUUUCAAUUCUUCGGAAACUGGAAGCAAGACUCCCCUGACUCCCCUGACUCCCAGCACCCCCAAAUCCCCAGACGGUACACCCCCAGAAGUCCAAAUCACUGAAGAGAAGGCAAUAAAAGAUAUCCUAGCAGAGGUGAAAGCAGAGAGCAAGUUAGAAUCUGAGAGGGUUGAUGAUAAACAGCCAGAGUUAGACCAAGAAAUGUUGAAACCUGAGACGAAAGAAUCUGAAGAGAGACAUGAUGAACCCUCAGCGUUGCCUCAGUGUUUAGGCGAGAGCACAAAAGAAGAUGACAAGAAGAGUGAAGAUGAGACACCUACAAGAUUAGGAGGAAGAGAUGAUAAAGAUAUCUCAAAUACUGCUCAGGAUUUAUGCACAGAAAAGCCUUUAGAUGAGAAAGAAGUCCACAUACAGGAAGUGACUCCGGCAAAAGGCUCACUAAUGCCACUGAUAUCCUCUCCAAUCAUCAUUAUACCUCAAGCACAAGUAGAGGAAGAAGCAGAGGAGGAGGAUGAUAUCGAGAUAGCUGAAGAGCCUCAAGAGAUGAUGGAAGAAGCUGAAGAGCCUCUGCACUUCAAGACAGAUCAAACAAAGGAAAGUCUAAUUACGGAGAUUUCUAAAGAAGAGCAAAAGAAAGAGCCGGUGAGGCUGAUGGUAGGUGAUCAGCUGUUGGAUGACGAUCCGAAGUCUGGAGCAGAUGAUUGGAGUCAUAGUGCCCAAAACAGUGAUGAUGGGGAACCUGCAACAGACAGUUCACACUUGUCUCCAUGCUCUGAUCAUGACCUACCACAGCAAACAGAGGAAGGAAGCAGAGAUGAAGAGAUGGGAAUGAAUAAAAGUGAAGAGGAUUUCCAAAUAGAUAAGAUAGAAGAGGAGAAAGAGGACCACGAAGGGAUAAAGACAGAUCAAACAAGAGAAGAGGAGGGGGAGAAAGUUGGUUCUGAUGAGCAAGGUGAAGAGGAGAAUAAAAUGUUGGAAAAAGGGGAUGAGGGGACAGAGAGGAUGGAGGAGGACAACAGUAAGAGUGUUCAGGAGGUGGACGAGACCUCUGAUGUUCUCUGCCAGACCAGUCAGGCAGCGAAUGACGAAACCACCAUGGACACGUCGAUCCUUGAUACAGACAGUGGCUGGAUGGAGUCGCAAGAUGAUGACAAAAGUAUCAUGACUGAGCAAAUCGAAGUCCUUCCUAAGACCCAGAGUUCUACCAGCACACCAGUGGUGGUGGACAGACCCGCUAAACGGGGCCCUAGCAGAGGAAGGGGCCACUGUGGUACCACUGAUUGUAAAGUGUCCCGCAAAGUACUGAGUCACCAUCCACCAAGAGAGGAGAUGAAGAAGAAAAAAGUAGGCGUGAGGAGGGCUGACCAGAAUAAGGUGUCAGCCCUCCAAAGUCGUUCUCCGUCUCGAAAGAGUGUAGCCAAAGUGGCGGCCAGACAUCCUAGGCCUGCUGUGCUUCAUGGCUCUGCUAGACGCAAGGCCACAGGUAUGGAGCACCAUCAGCCCCUAAGUGUGGCCCACCAGUCCAGAGAGAGGACCACUGAGAGAUCAUACCGCAGCCCGGAGAAGAGGUCGUCUCUACCUCGGCCGGCCAAGUCUCUGACCCGCCACAUCCCUGCUGCUGAGCAAGAAGACAACAGCACCCCCUCCAGGCCAACCUCGAUCCGAACCGAGUCCAGAGCGGACGGCAGGUCUGGAAGAGCCCCUAGUAUGGCAGGUACAGACUCGGCACGCUCCCGAUCAGUCCGUAGCGGAGCCUCCACCCCGGGCUCCUCCGCCGUCACACCCGGCACGCCCCCCAGCUACUCCUGCCGCACUCCGGGCUCACGCACCCCUGGCAGCCACACACCCAAGUCCUUCAGCGUCCUCCAGGAGAAGAAGGUGGCGGUGAUCCGGACCCCACCCAAGUCGCCAUCCUCCGCUCAACGGCAGCUGAAGGUUCUCAACCAGCCCCUGCCCGACCUGAAGAAUGUAAAGUCCAAGAUCGGGUCCACCUCCAACCUUAAACAUCAACCGAAAGGCGGACAGGUUCAUAUUUUAAGCGAGAAGCUGGACUUCAGUCAUGUUCAGUCAAAGUGCGGCUCCAAGGAUAAUCUGAAGCACGCGCCCAAAGGAGGCAAUGUCAUGAUUCCGAGUGUUAAGCUGGACUUUAGCCAUGUUCAGUCUAAAUGUGGCUCCCUGGACAAAAUUCAGCACACGGCAGGCGGGGGAAACGUCCAAAUCCAGACCAAGAAGAUCGACUUGAGCCACAUCACUGCCAAAUGUGGCUCCAUGUCCAACAUCCGUCACAGACCAGGAGGAGGCAAUGUGCGUAUUGACAAUGUGAAGCUGGACUUUAAAGAGAAGGCCCAAGCCAAGGUCGGCUCACUGGACAACACGGCCCACAUACCUGGAGGGGGGAAUGUGAUGAUCGAGAGCCACAAGCUGACCUUCCGGGAAACGGCGAAAGCUCGGGUGGACCACGGCGCAGAAAUUGUCAUCACCCAGUCCCCGGGGAUCGAGACCGGGGGCACUUCUCCUCGUCUGUCCUCCGCAGGCAGCAUCAACCUCCUGGAGUCACCUCAGCUCUCUACGCUGGCUCAGGAUGUCACCGCUGCCCUGGCCAAGCAGGGCUUAUGAGCUGACUGCGUCUGCUCCGGAUACCCUCAAAAAAUCCACACCAUUACUCCUCUUCCAAUCAUUCACUCAUAGGCAUCCAGUGUUGUCCCAGGGUCUUUCACAGCAGUGUCACCCCCACACAUUUCACCCCACAGGUUGUAGUUGAUAGACCAUCUCGCCCAUCAACAGUCCUUGUAGCCCUUCCGGUGGGUUUUUAAAAACUGAAUUCUUCAAAAAUCUUCACUUACUCCCUGAAAACAGGCACGCCUGUCGCUCUAUUUGUUUUUCAUGCGUUUAUUCACUCAAAUAUGGACUUUUCUGGUUUGUUUUAGCUGAACGCUGAGGUUUGAGUGGCUGUGAUUGUCUAAAAAGGUGUUGGCAGUUUUAAGAUUGUACAGUGAUAUUUUUUGUUCUGUGUAUGAACAGCAUCACCACAUUCAACUUGUCCGUGGAUAAACUUUUAAGGUGAACUCAUGCAAAAUGUCCAUUUCGAAUUUAUACGGUACUGAAUGCAAGAUAUAGCUACUAGAUAGUAGAAGCUAGUCUUAAACAUGCAACAGCAUGAGAGACUUAACUUACAGAAAUAUGGUGUGUAACUGACCUGCAAAAGUAUGGCUGAUGAGCAUGUCUGCUAAAAUGUGACAUUUCAAGUCAAACAUGAUUUUUUCUUUGUUGGAUUUUAAUCUUAUGAGUUCCUGAUAUGUGCUGAUUUGUUGGACAAUUUGUGUUCUCUUGUUUGCUUUUUAUAUAUACAUAUAUAUAUAUAUAUGUCACUGUAGUGGAAGUUGUUACAGUUUUGUACGUUUCCUGUGGCUGCUCUGGCUUAUUAGCAUUUAAAUGUGGAUAACCAUUGCAGUUAUGUCAAGUCAAGCGCUAAAAGGCUAGCUUUCCAAUAGAUUUUUUGUUUGUUUUAUUCCGCAAACCAAUUGGCUGCUCUUUUUUUGUUUGGUUUUACGUUAGCUCUGUGGUUUUAUUAGGCUACAGCAAUGCUGUUAUGCUGGCAUGGCAACUAAAUGAUAAAUAAAUUAGAUAUAUUUGGAACAGUCUUAAACUUUUCAGUGUGAGUGUAAAUGGCCAGGGGGGAUUUUAGUGUCUAUACAUUAAGAUCAGAUCCCAAACACCCUGUGAUGUUUCUCCUUUUGCAAAGACUCAAUUGUACAAUUUAUUUGAAUGGGUAAAGGGCCCAAAGAUUGUUUUAAAAAGGAAAGUGUAAAGUAUGAAGCUUUGUAUGAAAACAUUCCAUUUGAGAGAGCAGCUGCCUGGUCCCUUUGUGUGAUUGAGCCAGAUUGUGUGGCUGUUUGGACCGUUGCAAGAAAUGAAAUAAACAAUGAAGAAUGGGAGUAACCCAUUUUUUACAAAAAAAAGAAUUAAAAAAGCAAAACUGUUCUAGCAUAUUCUCUGCUCACCAUUGUGAAACUCUUCUACCCUUCCCUUCCUCCUGCCCUGAUGUCACCUGCCUCUCCAGUGUUUUCUGUGCUUCCUCUAUUCCUGCCUCCUUCUCUCCAGCCCCCUCUUUGCCUGUGUAAGUGUAUUUAAAAGACCUUGUAGAUGUGUGCACACUUUCCGAUGUUUGAGACGUACUGAUGACAAAUGCUCCUACAGGAUGAUGAUGACGAAAAUAAAGAAAAUAAAAACUGA